AUUGACUUAUCUACAUUGACUCCUCCUGUCUCACAUGUAUUUAUCUCAUGGCCAUUCUCUAUUCUUUGUUCCCAUCCCACCUCUCUCUCUCUCUCUCUAACUUCUCCUUCUCUACAAUUGCUCAUCAAGCAUGUACUCUUCAAACCCAAAUGGUUACCCAAAUUUUUCACCAGCUCCACCCCCAUUUAAACUAGAACCAUAUGGUGAAGAUGAAUCCACAAAGAUUGGUGUUCCAGUGAACUCUAAAGAUCAAUCUUACUCUGAUCAGUCCCAAGAGCCGACUCCUGUUGAAAACAGACCUCGGGUUGAUUGGUCCACCGGCCUCUGUGACUGCCUAUCUGACUGGCGAAACUGUUGCAUAACUUGCUGGUGUCCAUGCGUGACUUUUGGAAAGAUCGCAGAGAUUGUAGACAAAGGAUCUAGUUCCUGUGGACAAAGUGGAGCCCUUUAUGCAUUGAUUUUCUGUGUGGCUGGUUGUCCAUGCUUCUACUCAUGUUUCUACCGUUCAAAGAUGAGGCGUCAGCACAGGUUGCAUAAAAGCCCUUGUGGGGAUUGCUUGGUCCAUUGCUGCUGCGAGCCUUGUGCCUUGUGUCAAGAGUAUCGUGAGCUAAACAACCGUGGAUUUGCUAUGGAAAUUGGAUGGCAUGGAAAUGAGGAGAGGAAAACUCGUGAAAUGGAAAUGGAACCAAUUCCUCCUGUUGUUGAAGAAGGGAUGAGCAGAUAGACAGGAAGAUCUACUUGGCUUGUACUUGUUGACUCAUCUAUAGCUAGCAAAGACCAUAUAUGGUUUAAGAUUAGAGUAAUAUUAUUUAAACUUAAAAGUCUGGCUUAAUUCAAUGGGUAUAGCGAAUAAUGUCGGUCACUUAGAACGAUAAAUUAUGCCCAAAUAGUAUUUGCUCUUAAGAUUAUAUGUAAAUAUAUGGAUUAUUGUUUUGAUCCGAAGUCCAUUUUUUUCACCUUGGUUAAAAUAGAAAUACUUCAUUAAAAUAUUUACUGUAGUUAAACAAUAGGCGUAGUAAAAAUAUAAUUUACUAUGAUUAAAAGGUUGAAUGAGAUAAAAAAAUAAGAAAAUGUGAUUUUUCUUUAGAUCCUACCACUGAGUUUUUUUUUUAUGGGGUUUCAUUGUUAAUUUUGUAAGCAACGAAUUUUUGUCCUCUUAAUUGGUUUUAAAAAUGCAAAAGAACGAAAGGGCUCUAGUAAUUAAAGGGUAAGAAUAAAAUUAAAAUAUAAUGAAAUUUAUGACUUUAUUGAUGUAAAAAAUAUAAUAGGAUUUAAUAGAUUUUUAUGGGAAAAAGAAAUAUUUAUUGGUAAUUUUCUCAAUAUAGAAGAGUAAUGUUAUUAGGACUUACAAAAUCUAACUUAAAUUUGCUGACCUAAUAAUAUAGUUUUAUUAUAGUCAUUGAAUUAAUAUCAACUUCUAUUGUUGAUGGCGUC